AUGACACGCUGCAGUGAUAGUGGUGAGGACUGCACAGAGAAUCCAGACAGAAACCAGAAGAGAAAGAAAAGGGGGAAACAUGUGUCAUUCCCUCCUGAUGAGCAGAUAGUGUCCGGCUUUGCAGAGGAUGCAGGCAGAACAGACGAUAGCUGUAUCACCCUAAUGGAUGUAAUUGGAGCUUAUCAGCAGAGCUGCAGUAAACACCAGGUCCAACCCAAAGAGAGCAUCCUCCAGCAACUCCAGCAGGGUGUGUGUGGAGGAGGCAGCGUUGAAUGUCUGGAUCUCAAAGGUGAGCGAUUAGACCACCGCUCCUGUGAAGCUCUGGAAGUCGUCCUGAAAUCGCUGCACUUUGAUUUCAUCAAUCUGCAGGCAGCGCAACUGGAGGAAAAUGGAGCAUCGUCCUUGCUGGAUAUGAUUUUGUACUAUGAAUCCACAACACAUCUUGACAUUUCUGACAACGGCAGUAUGGGAACAUCAUCUUGGAGGGCCCUCGCUCAUUUGAUAAAGCAGAGUGUGUGUCUGUCUAGACUGGAUGCUUGUAAUGUGUGUCUGGUUGACUACCCAGUUCAGUCUUUAUCUAAAGCUCUGCUGACCAGCCGACUCAGAGUGCUCCACCUUAACAAUGCCCAGCUCAGUGGCUCAUCGUUGUUCACACUCGUUCGCACCUUGAAAACAAACAGAGCUUUAUUGGAGCUCCAUCUUUCCAGCAACCAGUUGAACGGCUACCAGGACGCCAUGCAGCUGGGAGAUCUGCUGAGAUACAACAACACUUUGCGGAUGUUGGAACUCAGUGACAAUGUUUUAGCAGAUGCAGGAUUGGAAGAGCUGUGUGAUGGCCUAUCCAGACAGACAAAGGGUCUGAAAGUCUUAAUCCUCAAGAACAACCAGAUCACAGAGAGAGGCAUGAACCACCUGGCCAAGACUCUGCCAGGUCUGAAGAUCCUGGAGGUCCUGGAUUUAGGGGACAAUCACCUGGGGAAUGAGGGCAUCCAGAUGAUCAGGGAGCCACUAAUGGUGAACAGUUCAUUGUUGCAUCUCGGCCUUGCCCAAACCAAGAUCACCUGUGAAGGUGCUGUGGCAUUGGCCGAGUUCCUUGCUGAGAGUCGUCUUAUUCAGAGGCUGGACCUCCAUCAGAACCGAGUGAAGCUCGGAGGCUUGAUGGCCCUCAGCCUGGCGCUGAGGAUUAAUUGCUCUCUGUCUCAACUGGGUGUGGAUCCCAUACCUCCACAAGAGCUGGAUGAGUUUCUGACAGAGACUCAGAAGAGGCUUCAAGCAGAGAUCACCCAGCGCUGCAACACCAACGCCAGCCGGCUCCAGAGAAACCCGUCUGAGAGAUGAACAUGGAGUGAUGCUCAUAUCUGAAAUUAUAAGAAAGAAUCUAAACAUCUGACUCAUGCAUUACGCAAAUAAUAACUCCACUAAAAUUAAAGAUAACAUAUUCCUAAUGUUCCCACUGAGCCUUUUAACACAUAAAGAUAUUACUCAUAUGUGGAUGGGCUGGAAAAUAGAAGAAUCUGCCCAAUUAUGCUUCUCUUUUCUGUGUGAUACAUUCUGGUUCACAGAACCACUCAGAUUUAAUAUCCAUUGAGCUAACCUGUAGUAAUCCUAAAAGUCAGCAUGAAUAAUCCAGUUGUUCUUCUCCAUAGCUCUGAAACGUAGGAAUCAGUGCUCAGAGUGAAAUGCAACAUGUUUUUACUGAAAGAUAGUGAAAGGUAAACAAAGAAGGAUUUACUGUUUCUGGGCUUUAAAACAGUUUAUUGAGUUCAUUAAUCUCAAAGCAGCUGCAUUUAGACCUAACAGUGGUUAGGUCCAAUAAUCUGUCUGACAGGAAAACUGAUGUUACAAAACAUAAAAUACAAAUGUAAAAAUAUACUU